AUGGAGAGAAAAGCGUUUCUAGACCAGGAGCCGCCUCCAGGCUACGUCGCUGGUGUGGGAAGAGGCGCCACCGGUUUCACUACAAGUGCCGAUACCGGGCCGGUCCGGUUUGAGUCGAACUUUGGUACGGAAGGUGGACUACUAGAUAGCUCUGAACAUGGAGUGCUUUCGCUGAAGAAGCGUACAGAUGAAGACGAUGAAGCUGAUGAGAUCUAUGAAGCUAUAGAAAAGAGACUUGAAGGCCGCCGGAAACGGAAGGACAAGGAAGACGAGGAUGAGUUGGACGUGGUGAAGAUUGAGACUGGAACUGGCACUAUCACUUCUGAGUUCCUGCUGCUCAAGUCCCAAUUGGCACUGGUUUCGGCUCAGGAAUGGGCUAGUCUUCCUGAUGUUGGUGACUUGACUCGAAGAAAUAAGCGCCAGAGGCUUCUAGAGCAACAGCUGCAGAGAACCUAUGCUGCCCCAGAUAUGCUUAUAUCAGGUAGCGGAAGCGGGUUCAGGAACGACAAUAAACAAGAAGAAGCGUCCAAUGAAAAUACAGAGUCUUUGAUUGAGGAAUUGGAGGCUGACGCUGCCCAAAGAGUGGAUAUCGAGAGAAGCAGAAAGAUAUUGGCCUCUCUACGGAAGACUGAACCCAACAAGGCAGACCUGUGGAUCGCGUCUGCUCGUCUUGAGGAGCAAGCAAAGAACUUUGAUCAGGCAAAGAAACUUAUAGUGGAAGGGUGCAAUCGAGUUCCUCAUUCUGCGGAGGUAUGGCUAGAAAGUAUCAAGAUCCAUCGCAAGUCGAGUGAAAGCACGAAGUUGUGCAAGUUCAUUAUAAACGAGGCACUUCGACUCAAUUCUGAAUCUGAAGAGCUUUGGUUUCAGGCCGUGGACCUUGAGAACCCAGCUGAUACUAUUUCUCGACGGAAGAUUCUCAUGAAGGCCUUGGAGUUUCUACCGUCGAACCCUAAAUUAUGGAAGAGCCUUGUGGAGCUUGAAUCUGACGAUGAAGAUGUUAAACGCAUACUUCUGAAAGCAACACAGUUGUGUCCAGAUGACUGGGAGCUAUGGCUUGGGCUACUUCGAUUGUCUAGCUACGCUGAUAGUAAGAAGGUGCUUAAUUCUGCCAGGAAGCAAUUGCCCAAGAAUCCACAUGUCUGGGUCACGGCGCUUAAGCUAGAGGAACGUGAAAAUGAUAAAGUAGGUGAAGAAAAGCUUUCUAAAAUGCUCUCCAAGGGUUUUCAAGAGCUAGAGAAGCAUGACUUCUCCCACGAUAACGAUUUUUGGUUGGAAGAGGCAGCCAAAUCUGAAGAUGAAGGUUUCCCAAGCACGGCAAAAGUCAUUGUGGAAAACACAUACUCUCUUAUUCCUCAAGACGACAGCAGAAUCACAGAGUUGUUCAAGAUUGCAGACAAACUCGCCAAAGCGUCAGCCUCUAAAUGUGCCAUCCACGCUUAUGACCUUCUUACCAAAGAGUAUCCGAACAACAUCAGUUGCUGGACACGAUUGUUCAGAUCGCUUAAAGAAGGUAACUUUGCAAAACCCAAGCAGUUCUACCUGUUUUAUGAGAAAGCAACUCAUGCGAAUUCAACCGUUGAGGUUCUUCAUUUGAUGUACGCCAAAUACGCCUGGGUUGACUGCUCUGAUAUACCUAAAGCCAGAGACAUCCUUGAAAGGGCAGCCUUGGAGUUCCCAAGGAGUGAAAAGGUCCAUUUGGCAAGAUUCAAGUUCGAAGUCCAAACUUCCUCCUACAAAAGCGCAUUUGAUUAUGCCAAAGGUACUUUGGAUAAAGCACCAGACUUGUCCCCAAAGCUUUGGUACAAAUACAUUCAUUUACUAAGGUUCUGUCAGUUCAAAAAAUUGGACUUCACACAGAACGUAUCUAUACUUGGGACAUGCGAUGAAGCAUUAUCUAACUUUCCUGAAAACCCAAAGCUCUAUCUACAAAAAGCACAGGUUCUCGAAGACGCUGAAGAGUUGCGCCCAGCUCGUGAAGUUUUAUCUAUUGGAUCUCGGAAAUGUACCACGUCUGUUCACAUUUGGAUCAAUCUUGCGAAGGUAGAUACCAAGAUGGGUGCGCUGUCACGGGCCAGGUCACUUUUAGAUACGGCAAUUCUUGAAAACCCGAAAAGUCCUCUAUUAUGGUCCGCCAAAAUCCAGCUCGAGUUGGAACAAAAGGACAUCAUAACGGCUAGACAACUUAUUAAUCGUGCUCGUCAACAGUUCCCGUCGUCGCCAGAGAUAUGGCUUCAUCAUUUGACCAUGAUACCUAAAAUGUCUCAUAGGAAGAAUGCUUUUCUCGAUGCCCUUAAGCAAACCAGUAACGCAUCUGAAAUUUUAUUGGGAAUCGGUGUUUUCUUCUGGAUUGACGGACAAUUUGCAAAAGCAAAAGCGUGGUUCGAUAGAGCACUCAAUGCUGACAAGUUGAAUGGUGAUGCUUGGGGUUGGGCAUACUGUUUUUUGGAAAAGCAAGGCAAUGAAGCCGACAGGAAAAAGCUUAUCGGUGAAUUAUCUCAGCAUUUUGAACUGAUCAACAAGGGCGACAAAUGGACCCAGACAGUCAAAGAUCCUCGAAAUUUGGACAAGCGACCUGGAGAAAUUCUCCAACUUUACUUCCGUGGCUAA